AUAUUCUAUUCGAGUGGAGACCAAGCCUAGCCGGUCGACUCGGCUGGCCUCCCUCACUGUCGAGGGCUUCACGCUGAGCCCUCCGAUGGUGGUGCCGGGAGUGACUUCAUAUGACUUGACAGUACCGGCGGAUAUUCAGAGGAUACAAGUUGUUGCUGCGGCCGAGGACUAUCCCGGUGCCCAG